AUGGAGGCGGAGGUUCAGCAGAAUGACACUGCGAGCCAGGGAGCACAACCGAUCACUGCAGCACAACUUGCCACUCUGGCCCAGGUCUCGGCUGCAGGCCCCACUGUGACUCUGGUGCAGCUUCCCAAUGGACAGACAGUUCAGGUUCAUGGAGUCAUCCAGGCUCCGCCCACUGUCAUCCAGUCGUCACAACUGCAGACUGUACAGAUCUCCACGAUUGCUGAGAGUGAAGACUCGCAGGAGUCUGUGGACAAUGUGACCGACUCCCAGAAGCGCAGAGAGAUCCUGUCCAGACGGCCAUCCUACAGGAAGAUCCUGAACGACCUGUCUUCAGACUCUCCUGCUGUUCCUCGGAUCGAAGAGGAGAAGUCUGAGGACGAUGCUCCUGCCCACACCGCCACCAUCGCCACGGUGACGGUGCCCACGCCCAUCUACCAGACCAGCUCCGGACAGUAUAUUGCCAUCACGGGGGGCGGGGCCAUCCUGACCAGCAGCAGUGGUUCUGAUGGAGUCCAGAGUCUGCAGCCUCUGACGUCUCAGUCUGCUGCCACCAUCCUGCAGUACGCACACACCAGCGACGGACAGCAGAUCCUGGUGCCCAGCAACCAGGUGGUAGUGCAAGGAGAGGCUUAUCAGAUCAGAGCCUCCAGCUCCAUUGCUCCCAGUGUCGUCAUGUCUCCUGCUCUCCCCACGGGAACUGAGGAGGUGACCCGCAAGAGGGAGGUGCGACUCAUGAAGAACAGAGAAGCGGCUCGCGAGUGCCGCAAGAAGAAGAAGGAGUAUGUGAAGUGUCUGGAGAACCGUGUGGCUGUGCUAGAAAACCAAAACAAAACUCUUAUCGAGGAACUCAAGGCUCUGAAGGACCUGUACUGCCACAAGUCUGAGUGA